GCUCUAUGGGUCUGUGCCUUUUUUUAAACUCUUCCAGCCUUUCAAAGACACGCGUUUUUUCAUAUUUCUUUAAAAAAUAGUUUAAUCUUCGCAAAGAAAUGGGUAAGCAGAUGAAUAAAAGAUUUAACAAACCACAGAGAAGACCAUUCCAUAAUAAUGACAAUAGAAAACCAUAUCACAACAAUCGCCGGCAUGGUCCGGAUGGCGGUCAUGGCAGGAGAGAUGGCGGCUUUGUUAAGCGUGAAAAACAACCUUUCCAGGUCAGGGAAAGCUUGAAGGAAGAUCAAGUGGGCAUAACCCAAUAUGUGAGCGAGGGUGAGGGAUUUACGGGAGUGUUAAAGUCACGUUUCUCUGACUUCCAUGUCAAUGAAAUCGAUUUGAAUGGCAAGGUAUUGGAGUUAAACAACUUGGAAAUCCCCGAGGCCAAGGACGAGACACUGAGCCCCGAAGAAGCUGAGGCAGCAAAAGAUUCCCUAAAAGACGUGGUCACCGAAGAAGUGUGGAAACAAAUCAAAGAAUUGGCCGAAUCGAAAUAUGACCCUAAUGCCACACCUGAGCAGUCCCAUGUCUAUGUUGAUGUCACGGAAUUGGACAAAGACAAACGUACCGAUGUCCAUAAAAUUAUUAAGAAAUUCUACGAGGGCAAACUAGUUAGCUCGACAGUUGGUGGUGAUCAACUUGGCAAAGGGGAUGACAAAAAAUUCAUACGUGUAAUGAAACCAAAGGGACGUGACCGCAAUCGCUGGACCUUCCCCGAGGAAUAUGUACACUUUUUGGUACAUAAGGAAAAUUUGGACACCAGUGAGGUGGCAGUGGCCAUGGCCAAUAAAUUAAAUUUACGACCAUCCCAGGUGAACUAUUGCGGAACCAAAGACAAACGUGCCAAAACAACUCAAAAAUUCUGUAUCAAAAAACGUACACCACGACAAAUUGUGGGUUCGAUCAAGUUUCUAAAUGGUGUAAAAAUUGGAAACUUUGAAUUCUCCAAAGAGGUAUUGAAACUGGGACAAUUGAAAGGCAAUCGUUUUCGUAUUGCUUUAAGGCAUUUAACGGGGGAAAAGGAAGCCAUUGAAAAAUCACUGCAGAAUGUAAAGGAAAACGGUUUUAUAAACUAUUUUGGCUUGCAACGUUUUGGUAACUCUGUGGCUAUACCAACCUAUGAAGUUGGUGUGGCCCUAUUGCAGGCCGAUUAUAAAUUGGCCUGUGAAUUGAUAUUAAAGCCUCGAGAAAAUGAUAUACCAUUCCUGAAGAAUAUCCGUGAAACUUGGUGGAAGGAACGUAACUCAAAGGCGGCAGCGGAUAUGUUUCGCACAGAUCGUUUUAUUGAAAAGAAACUACUGGAUGGUUUGGCCCAGUAUGGGGAAAGUGAUUAUGCCACGGCCUUGAGAAAGAUUCCCCGCAAUAUGUUGUUGUUGUAUCCCCAUGCCUUCCAAAGUUUGGUAUUCAAUCAGUUGGCCUCCCGUCGCAUCAAAGAAUUUGGCCUUAAAUUGAUACCCGGAGACUUGGUAUAUCGUAAUAAAGAUGAUUUGGAUGAAGACAUAGAAAUCACUGAAACUUUACAAGCAGAAGAUGCCGAAGAGCAGGGUGUGUGCGAAGAAUCACAAGAAGAAACUGAAGCACAGCAACCAGAGACUGAUAAUACUAAUAAUUCUGAAUCUAUUUUUAAGCGUAAAGUUAAGGCGCUCACCGAAGAAGAUAUACAGUCAGGAAGUUACAACAUCUAUGAUGUGGUAUUGCCCCUACCAGGCCAUGACAUUACCUAUCCUAAUAAUGAAAUUGCCACAUGGUACGAAGAAACUUUGGCCCAAUACAAUUUGAGUUCAGAGAAACUGAAACAUAAUGUCAAAACCUUUUCAAUGGCUGGAGCCUAUCGAAAAAUCCUAAUUAAACCCACUGAAAUGUCUUGGGAAUUCCGUUCCUAUGCCACACCCGAAGAUACUUUGAUUCUAUCGGAUUUUGAAAAAUUCAAAGGAAAAACACUGGACGAUCUCAAGGGAAAGCGGGGCAACAACAAUGCCUCCGAGGGUGGCGAUGAUAAAAAAUAUCAAGCAUUGAUAUUGGAUUUUUGUUUGCCCACUGCCGCUUAUGCUACAAUGAUGUUACGCGAGCUAUUGAAAUGUGAUACCUCAGCAGCCCACCAGACUGCCAUGGAAACGGCCGCAAUGAAGGAAAGCAAUUCUGGAAAGCCUGGAAGUGAGGAAACUAAGGCGGAAAAGAGAAGUUGUGAUGCGGCCAAUGAUGGAGAGACUGAAAAGGAGGAUGAUGAUGUUUCCUCGGCCAAAAUUCCAAAGACUAAUGAUGAUCAAGAAGAAAGUUAGGUUAAGUUUUUUUUUAUAGGAGAUUGUUUUUAAAUUAAUUUUUGAAUUUUAUCUCUAGAUUCUAUAAAAUUAUCCUAAAAAAAUGUUGAAAUAACAUUUUAUUAUGUUGCAAUAGAACAACUAUUAUUAUUUGACAAUAAAUGAAGAAAUAAUAAAUUA